UCGAUCCGAGCCAAGCCGGGGAGAUGCUCUGCACGGCGGUGGUGAUGGCGGGGAGCCUGGCGCUGACGACGGCGGUGGUGGCUCACGCCUAUUACCUGAAGCACCAGUUCUAUCCCACCGUGGUUUAUCUCACCAAAUCCAGCCCCAGCAUGGCCGUUCUCUACAUCCAGGCCUUCGUGUUGGUUUUUCUCCUGGGUAAAUUUAUGGGCAAGGUGUUUUUCGGGCAGCUGCGGGCAGCGGAGAUGGAGCACCUACUCGAGCGGUCUUGGUACGCUGUGACGGAGACCUGCCUGGCCUUCACCGUCUUCAGGGACGACUUCAGCCCUCGCUUCGUCGCCCUCUUCACCCUCCUCCUCUUCCUCAAAUGCUUCCACUGGUUGGCUGAAGAUCGGGUGGACUUUAUGGAAAGGAGCCCCAACAUCUCCUGGCUCUUCCACUUCCGUAUCGUCUCCCUGAUGUUCCUCCUGGGAAUCCUGGAUUUCCUCUUCGUUAACCACGCGUACCACAGCAUCCUCACGCGAGGAGCCUCUGUCCAGCUUGUCUUUGGCUUCGAGUACGCCAUCCUCAUGACCAUGGUCCUCACCAUCUUCAUCAAGUACGUCCUGCACUCCAUCGACCUGCAGAAUGAGAACCCUUGGGACAGCAAAGCUGUCUACAUGCUGUACACGGAGCUUUUCACGGGCUUCAUCAAAGUCCUGCUCUACAUGGCCUUCAUGACCAUCAUGAUCAAAGUCCACACCUUCCCGCUCUUUGCCAUCCGCCCCAUGUACCUGGCGAUGAGGCAGUUUAAGAAAGCGGUGACAGAUGCCAUCAUGUCCCGCCGGGCCAUCCGCAACAUGAACACGCUCUACCCCGACGCCACACCGGAAGAGCUGCAGGCCAUGGACAAUGUCUGCAUCAUCUGCCGCGAGGAGAUGGUGACGGGUGCCAAGCGUUUGCCUUGCAACCACAUCUUCCACACCAGCUGUCUGCGGUCGUGGUUCCAGCGCCAGCAGACGUGUCCCACCUGCCGCAUGGACGUUCUCCGGGCUUCCCUCCCAGCACAGCCGCCUCCCGAGCCGCCGGAGCAAGCCCCACCACCGCCCCAGACACCCCAAGUUCCUCAGCCACCCAACUUUCCCCAGGGAAUCCUUCCCCCCUUCCCCCCGGGAAUGUUUCCCUUCUGGCCACCGGUUGGUCCCUUCCCGCCGGUUCCUGGUGUUCAACCUCCCAACGGUGCCGAAAACGCCGCGUCGAGCUCUGGUGCUGCUUCGUCCGCCAGGCCCAGUGACACCACCAAUGCCGGAUCAGAAGCCGCGGCGGCAGGGACGGUGCCGGGUCUUCCUUUCCCACCGCCAUGGAUGGGAAUGCCGUGGCCGCCCCUCUUUGGCUUCCCGCCGAUGCCGGUGCCGCCAGCUGGCUUUGCCGGCUUGACGGAGGAAGAACUGCGAGCCAUGGAGGGCCACGACCGGCAAAACUUGGAAGCGCGGUUACAGUGUCUACAGAACAUCCACACCCUCCUCGACGCCGCCAUGGUGCAGAUCAACCAAUACCUGACGGUCCUGGCCACCAUCGGGUCGCCCCGGCCCACCGCUCCCCGGCCCCCCUCCGCCCCCGAGGCCCCUGCCGAAGAACCCGCCCCCCUCCGCUCGCCCGGCAGCCCUUCGGCACCCGCAGCCGCCGCCGCUGCCGGCUCCACGGCUGCCGCUGAUCCCACUGCACCGGUGGGCGCCGAAGGCUUCACCGCCGAGGAGGAAGAGGAGGUAGAGGACGGCGGCGAAGGCUCGUCCUCGCUGGACGAACCCGACACAGCGGAGCUCCGCCGCCGCCGGCUACAGAAACUGGCAUCGCCGCCGGCAGCCUCGCACUGA